GCCUUUGAAGUUUGAAAUGGCCCUAUUUAAUAACGAGACCAUAGCUCUCUUCCUCUCUCUACGUAGUCUUCUAUCGAAGCUCUGCCCUCACCAUCAUCUAGUUCGCCGGAGCUUGUUCUGUCUGCGGUGCUGCAACGAAUAAGACGAAGUCAUUUUAUCUUUAGGGACGACACGCCAAUACGAGAUCACUACUGUGCUAUCUCGUCUUGCGGAAAGAUGACUCCUCAACUCGUCUUACAAAUUACAUCUACGGUUUAUAGUUUCUAAUUUAUAUUUUGUUUCGUUUUAUUUCUAUUUAAUUUAUCUAUCCUUUAUUGGGUUGUAUUACGCCCGACUAGUGUUUAUCUCCGUAUUAUAGGAAUUUCUCCAACCUUUGUUAUGUAGUUUAUCAUUUAUUUCUCUAGUUUUAUAGAUGAUGAUUCAAUAUUGAACUGACUUAUAUUGUUAACUAUAAAUGCAGUCGUUGUACAAGAGAUCCAAAAGUAUUCUCAUUCAAGUGUUCGUUUUGUUUGAUUUUCAAACUCCUUAAUUAUGUUUGUAGUUUUAUAAAACAUUAUUUAUUUUUAAAGUCCAUGGAAUGCUAUUAUAUCUUAGUUGAGUUGAUUAAUUAGUAGCAGUAUGAGAAAAAUUAAAAGGAAAUGCAUCACAGCAGUUUGACACUAGUCUUGAAAAAUUAAACGUAAUUUGAUAAAUUGGGCCACUUCAAAAUCCCAAAAUAUCAAUUGUAGCCCAGUUUUAUACUAACUGUUAUUUUCAAUUAAGCCCCACUUAUUUUCACUCUCUGUCACCGUCGCCCUAUUUCCUUCAAACAAUUCGGUUCUCAUUCUUGAGGGUUUCUCUCUCUUGACUUCAACGUCACAAAGUUUUUUCUUUCUGGAUAGAGCCCGCUUGCUGGAAGAGUUUCAAACUUGGCAACAGGAGCAGUAAUUGUCACAACAGGGGGAUGUCCGGAUGAUGUCUUUCUUACCCGCUAGACCUCAGACUUCAGUAUAUUUUGGCACUUCAGAGCAUAAACAGUUUUGCAAAAAAUGGGUGAUGAAAAUUUUAAUGAGACAAUCCUGACUGAGAAAUUGUCUAAACUCAAUAGUUCUCAGCAAAGCAUCGAGUCUUUGUCCCGGUGGUGCAUUUCUCAUCGUAAAAAGGCUAAGCAAGUUGUUGAAACAUGGGAGAAAUUGUUCAAAGCAGCGCCAAACGAACAACGCGUUUCCUUUUUAUACUUGUCCAAUGACAUCCUGCAAAAUAGCAGGCGCAAGGGCAGUGAAUUUGUCAAUGAAUUCUGGAAGGUUCUUCCAAGAGCUCUAAAGAUAGUGUAUGAAAGUAGUAAUGAGAAUUGCAGAAAAGUUGCCUUCAGACUGGUUGACAUCUGGGAAGAAAGAAAGGUUUUUGGAUCUAGGGGACAAAAUCUGAAAAAUGAAUUGCUGGGGAAGAAUCCUUCUCCAGUCAGCAAUGGGAAGAUCGUAGUUCCUAAUCCUAUUAAGGUGGUGAAGAGAGAUGCUACAUCUCUCAGAAUCAAAUUAGCUGUUGGAAGUUUGCCAGAAAAGAUUUUGACUGCUUUGCAGUUGGUACAUGAUGAAGCUGUCAAUGAAGAAGAAGCCUUAGGCAAAUUUCAAAAAGCGAUUUCUUCUGUUCAAGAAAUCGAGAAAGAUGUUCAAUAUGCUUCUUCUCAAGGAAAUCUCUAUGGUUCUGAUGUUGUUGAUAAUAUAGAGACACAGGAGAAUGCUAUUAAACAAUGCAUUAACGAACUUGAAAAGUCCGAAGCGGUUAGAGUCGACCUUGUUUCUCAGCUUAGAGAAGCACUUCAGGAUCAAGAAACAAAGCUGGAGCAGGUUCGAAGUGAGAUAUCUGCUGCUCGUAGCCAGAUUGAGCAAGCAGCUAAUAUCAGAUUCCAGCUAACAUCAAACUCCUCUGUGCCACUGCCGGUAAACCAAGUAGUGAUCGAACCCCCUUUUCCUAGUGCAAUUCCAGCAACCAACAUUACUGUUCCUCCUACCAAUCCAUUGACUUCAUUUGCAAACCCUACCACGGAAGAGAGCAAGAAGGCUGCAGCUGCCGCAGUUGCUGCAAAACUCACCGCCUCAACGUCUUCUGCCCAGAUGUUCACAUCUAUUCUUUCAUCUCUCGUAGCAGAAGAGGCUGCAUCGAUGAGCAGUGGUUUGAAACGGCAGAAGCUUGAGCCACCAAUGUCAUUUUCUGAUGGGAAGAACCCUGAAGGAACGAAUUCAACUUGUUUUAUGACUUCGCAGCAGGCAAUGACCAGUAUGCCACCCGUUCAGUCCAGCACUGUGCAGACUGUUUCUCAGGUGAACCAACUGCAGGCCCAGCAGUUUCAUCCGCCUCCUCUGCCACCGCUGCCACCACUUGCACCUCCAGGUAAUUCCCCUUCAAAUCAAAUGGUCCAGUCUAAUAUGAUGGGGCUGACCUAUGGUUAUGGUGCAAACAACCUACUCCCUCCACCUCUCUCAAAUGCACCAACAGGGUUUGCUAGGCCGAACCCUCCACCUCAGCAAACACAACAACAGCCACAAUCACAGCAGCUGCAGCAGCCAGCUAGUGGUGGAUACUACAGGCCCGUUGGUAUCGGAUUUUAUGGGCAAAGCCACCAGCCGCCAAUGCCUCCCAUACAUCGACAGUGAGAUUUUAUUGGUAAACGGAAGACCAUGUGUUAUUUUUGUACAUUAAUAGGACAGUAAAGCAUGGUUAAGGACAAGAUUAAUAGCUAUAUUAGUGUACUAUCCUUCGGUCUGUGCCCUACCGUAUUAUUGAGUUCUCUAUGCGGGCGGCAUGUGGCAUGUCACUUGUAGCUCAUGUAAAACUAAAUGUAGAAUUUAUUAGUAGUAAUUUAAUCACAGAUGAACUAAAGUACAAGACACUUCAGUCUUCA